GAUGGUAGGAUGAGUGAGACACACCACACAUGGAUAGGAGACUUGAUGCAGCAGUGAAGGACGACAACGUCGAUGAGGUGGAAGCUCUUUUGAAUGCAGGAGCUUCGCCUGAUGCGUGUGAUAGUGAUAAAUGGCCUGUACUUGUUACAGCUUGUGAUAAAGGCUUCAAUUCCAUCGUACAACAUUUGUUACAGAAAGGAGCAAAUGUUAACAAAGCAACUCGUAAUGGUUUGACUGCUUUAAUGUCUGCAGCAUUUGAUGGUGAUGAUUCACUAAUUGUUAUGUUAUUAUCAGCUAAUGCUGAUGGUAAUCUGAAAAAUGUGAUUGGACGGACAGCAUUGCAUUUGGCUGCAUUCAACAAUCACUACAAAGUUGUUCGUAUUCUGUUAGAGAAUGGAUGUGAUAGCAACAUAAAAGACAAUAAUGGAGAAACAGCACUGGAAGUCGCUGUCAGAUGGAAUAACAAAGAUGCUGCAGAUGCAAUCAAGACAUUUACUGUGAGUUCACAGACUCCCAGUCCAUCACCUUUAUCUGACAUCAGUUGUACAAGCUCUACAGCAACAGCAUCAAAUUUUCAUUUCUCUACACUAGUAACACAAAGAAUGAGGACCACUACACCUACAAGACAACCUCCAAGACAAGUGGCUGGUAAAGGAGAUGAACAGUUAGUAGAGCAGCUGAUACAACAAAUAGAACAACUGAGAAAUGAAGGUACAGAAAAAGAUAGAGAAAUUGCUGAAAUGAGAAAACAAAAUGUAGACCUUCAAACGGCACUGAGAGAUGAGAGACUUCAGAGAGAAAAUGCAGUUAUUGAAGAGAGAAGAGAGAAAGGAGAACUCUUGCAAAGGUUACAACAAGAACAAGAAGACAAACACAAUGUUCAGACGGAUCUAGAUGAAGCUCGAACACAAAUCGAGCAACUAAGUGAAGAGAAAGCAAAUCUUCAGCAACUACUGAAUGAAAAGCAAAGAGAAAAGGCCACCAUUGAAGAGCUUCUCUCAGAUGCUGUUACAGCAAUUGAACGACACAAGCAAGAGAAGGAAGUUUACAAGAUUCCUUCCCAUGACAUUCAAUUGACUGGCACUGAACUAGGACAUGGAUCAUAUGGAAUUGUUUGUGUUGGAUAUUGGCGUGACUGUUCUGUUGCUGUCAAACUGUUGUAUGAUCAUUUGGCUGCUGUUCAACGCAACAUUCAACUUGUGCAACAAGAAGCAUCUGUAGCAUGGAAGAUACAUCAUCCAAACAUUGCUGCUGUUUGUGGUGUCACUCUGGAGUUAGAAGAGAAUAAGGCAUGGAUUAUCAUGGAAUUACAUAGCGGCUCCAUGUCUGGUGUGAUUGAUGCAUGUCAAGGAGAUGUUGCACCUCUCACUUUACGAGAAAAAGUUGACAUGACACAUGAUUCUUUGUGUGGACUGGAUUACAUUCACAACAUGCAACCUAAGGAGAUCCUUCACGGUGACAUCUGUCCAAGGAACAUCCUGGUUACAGCAACAAUGAGAGCCAAACUGGGUGAUCUAGGAGCUGCUCGUUUUGAAGAUGCUUCACUUUCAGUUGGUCUGCUCAGUUCACAGUACACACCUCCUGAGAGAUUUGAUGUUCCAACUUUACCAAAAAGCACCAAGACCGACAUGUACAGUAUUGGUGUGACCAUAUGUGAGCUCUUCACUUCUCUCUUUCCAGAUCGUGAACAAAGGAUGGAUCAAGUCUUACUCAUCCGUCAAAUAGAUGUCUGCGCUUUAUGUAAGCACUUGAUGAGAGAUGAUCCUGCCACACGACCAACAGCAACAGAAGCUCGUCAUAUUAUUAGUCGUAUUCGUGAUACAGACGAGUAUAAAGCAUGUCCUCCUAAACGAAUGGUAAAGGGCAAGAUGGAUGGAAUGGCUGAUGUCACUCUCGUUUAGUCCAUUUGGUGAUGUUGACAUUUGAUUGAAGCAUGUGUUUGUUACUUGACACCAUUUAUAUGUUGUUACAAGGUAUUCACUUAGCAAUAGCAAUAUCUUUAGCUUUGAAGGAUCACAUUGUAUUUUGUUAUCUCAUUGG